GGUUGGGGUGCGCACUGUGCAUACGCUCCCAGGUUCCCGCCAAACUGCUGCAACGGAAACAGUUCCCGGGAUUUUCCCUCGUUAGUUCCCGCCAUCAUUCAGUCCUUACUCGGUAUAUAAACCUCGGACCUUCGAAUUCUCUCUCCUUCUCCUCUGCGAUUUCUAAUGGCUCCUUCUCGUCGCCUCAGCAAUGGACGUUCUCCAUUGGUCAGCCAACAACGCCAAAUCACGUCCUUCUUCUCCCCCGGGAAGUCCUCAACUUCCCCUUCUUCUGUUUCUCCGGUUGUUCCGAAACAAAACCCCAAACCUAACCCUAGUACCAGCCCUAGCCCUGCUCCAACUCCGUCUCCUUCGGAGACGAAACAAAGAAAGCCCCCUCUAGUAGUUGGUUCAUCUCCCAGUCGUUCUCCUCUAACACCUCUUUCUGAAGCUGUAACAACGCCCGUUUCGGGGAAGAAACUCUAUGGAGAAGAGGUUGUAGGGAAGAGACUUAGGGUUUAUUGGCCGUUGGACAAAAGCUGGUACGAAGGUUGUGUCAAAUCAUUUAAUAAAAAAACUGGUAAGCAUUUGGUACAGUAUGAUGAUGCUGAGGAGGAAGUUUUGGAUCUCGGGGUUGAGAAGGUUGAGUGGACGAAGGGGGAGGUCAGAAGUUUUCGUCGGCUGCGUCUGAGUUCCGCUUGUGAAAAUGUAGUUCCAGACGAGGAGGAGAAUGCAGAAGAUGCAAGUGAUGGGGAUGAUUCCACAGAUGAAGACUGGGGGCAAAAUUUAGGCAAGGAGAUUAUUGAAGAUGAUUCAGAAGAGAUGGAUUUAGAGGAAGAGGAGGUCAAUGAGGAAGUUAAAGACACUAAAAAAUCUAGUGGAAAAAAUAUGGCUUCCGGAAAGAGAAAAAAUUUCGAAUGGGAUAAGGUAGGCUCUGGUAAGAAGAUCAAGAGUGUUGGGAAUGUUGAGAAGGGUGUGUUGAAUGUGACGAAGGUUACGUUGGACAGUGGAAGCAGGCUAGUAGAGGCCGCAAGUGAUGCUAAUAGGAGAUAUGUAUCUCAUAUUACUGGCAACACCUUAACAGGUGAUUCUGCAGAGCGAUUUGCCUUGCGUGAUGCAGAAAAGUUACGCUUUCUUGGGGAGGGACGCAGAGACUCUGAAAGGAGACGUCCUGGAGAUGCAAAUUAUGAUCCUAAAACUCUUUAUUUGCCUAGUGACUUUUUAAAGAGCUUAUCAGGCGGCCAGAGACAAUGGUGGGAGUUUAAAUCAAAGCAUAUGGACAAGGUUCUAUUUUUCAAGAUGGGCAAGUUUUAUGAACUGUUUGAAAUGGAUGCACAUAUAGGAGCAAAAGAACUUGAUUUGCAAUACAUGAAGGGAGAGCAACCUCAUUGUGGAUUCCCGGAAAAGAACUUCUCACUCAAUGUAGAGAAAUUGGCUAGAAAGGGUUACCGAGUUCUUGUUGUGGAACAAACAGAAACACCUGAGCAGCUUGAGCUUCGUCGCAAAGAGAAAGGCUGUAAAGAUAAGGUUGUGAAACGUGAAAUAUGUGCUGUGGUCACAAAAGGAACACUGACUGAGGGUGAAAUGAUGUCAGUCAAUCCCGAUGCUUCUUACCUGAUGGCAGUGAGUGAAGGCUGUCAGAUUUCAGGGAAACAAAAAGAGGAUGUGGUUAUUGGUGUAUGUGUGGUCGACGUUUCUACAAGCAGGUUUAUGCUUGGACAGUUUGGAGAUGAUAUGGAACGCAAUUCCUUAUGUUCCCUACUCUCUGAGUUAAGACCUGUAGAAAUCAUAAAACCUGCUCAUGUGCUGAGUCCUGAAACUGAAAAAGUAUUACUGACACAUACAAGAAGUCCUUUGAUCAACGAUUUGGUUCCAGUUUUGGAAUUCUGGGAUGCAGAGAAAACCAUUAAUGAAGUUAGGAGAAUUUACAAGCAUCUGAAUCAAAGUGUGUCUGGAUCUGUGAAUGAAGCUAGCUUGGGUAAUUCUGCUUUUAGUGUUGGGAGUGAUGGUUCAGGGUGCCUACCAGAUGUUUUAUCUGAGCUAGUGAGUAUGGGAGACAAUGGAAGCUGUGCCCUUUCUGCUUUUGGAGGGUGUCUUUUCUAUUUAAGGCAGGCUCUUCUGGAUGAGACUUUGCUCAGAUUUGCUAAAUUUGAGUUGCUUCCCUGCUCAGGGUUUCAUGAUAUCCCACAAAAAUCAUAUAUGGUACUUGAUGCAGCUGCCCUUGUGAACCUAGAGAUAUUUGAGAACAACAAAAAUGGAGGAUCUUCAGGGACACUAUAUGCACAACUAAAUCACUGUGUUACUGCAUUUGGGAAAAGAUUGCUUAAAAGCUGGCUUGCAAGGCCUCUGUACCAUGUGGUGUUGAUUAGGGAACGCCAGAAUGCAGUUGCAGGUUUGAAGGGAGUUCUACCUACUGCUGUUGAAUUUCGAAAAGAGAUGUCUAGACUUCAGGAUAUGGAGCGGUUGUUGGCACGCCUCUUUGCCAACAGUGAAGCUAAUGGAAGGAAUGCCAAUAAAGUAGUCCUUUAUGAGGAUGCAGCAAAGAAACAACUUCAAGAAUUUACUACUGCAUUACGUGGUUGUGAAUUGAUGGUCCAAGCAUGCACUUCUCUCGGUGCUAUACUGGAUUCUGUUAAAUCUCAUCUACUCCAACAUUUAUUGACACCUGGAAAAGGUCUACCUGAUGUCCAUUCCAUUCUAAAGCAUUUUAAGGAUGCUUUUGAUUGGAUAGAAGCUGAUAAGACAGGACGUAUUAUACCCCAUGAAGGAGUUGAUGUAGAAUAUGACUCUGCCUGUAAAAAAGUUGAGGAAAUUGAAUCUAGCUUUUUAAAGCACCUCAAGGAACAACGAAAAGUACUUGGAGAUGUUUCAAUCAAAUAUGUUACAGUUGGAAAAGAGUCAUAUCUUCUAGAAGUGCCUGAGAGCAUGCAAAGAACUGUUCCUCGGGAUUAUGAAUUACGAUCAUCCAGAAAGGGAUUCUUCAGGUAUUGGACUCCAACAGUUAAGAAGUUAUUGGGAGAACUUUCUCAAGCUGAAGCUGAAAAGGAAUCUAAAUUGAAAAGCAUUCUUCAGAAGUUGAUUGGGCAUUUCUGUGAGCAUCAUAUUAAGUGGAGGCAGUUGGUUUCUACUACCGCAGAACUGGAUGUUUUGAUCAGUUUAGCAAUUGCAAGUGACUAUUAUGAAGGAGCCACAUGUCAACCAAUCAUCUCAGGCCUAUCAUGUUCAACUGAAAUGCCAUGCUUGUCUGCAAAAGGAUUAGGACAUCCUGUUCUCAGAAGUGAUGCUCUAGGCAAAGGUACAUUUGUCCCUAAUGAUGUAUGUAUUGGUGGUUCUGGAAGUCCCAGCUUUAUCCUUCUCACAGGCCCCAACAUGGGUGGUAAAUCAACUCUUAUUCGCCAAGUCUGCCUGGCUGUAAUUUUGGCACAACUUGGAGCAGAUGUCCCAGCAGAAAGCUUUGAGUUAUCACCUGUUGAUAGAAUUUUUGUUCGAAUGGGUGCAAAAGACCACAUUAUGUCAGGCCAGAGUACAUUCAUGACAGAACUUUCAGAGACUGCAUCUAUGCUGUCUUCAGCAACUCGUAAUUCACUAGUGUCAUUGGAUGAACUUGGACGUGGGACAUCAACUUCAGACGGGCAAGCCAUUGCAGAGUCAGUUCUGGAGCAUUUUGUCCAGAAGAUACAAUGCCGAGGAAUGUUUUCUACUCACUAUCACCGGCUAUCUGUGAACUACCAAAAAGACCCCAAGGUGUCACUGUGCCAUAUGGCAUGCCAAGUUGGAAAGAGAACUGGAGAUGUGGAAGAAGUUACAUUUCUUUACAGAUUGACACCUGGUGCAUGCCCCAAGAGUUAUGGUGUUAAUGUUGCAAGGCUGGCAGGGCUUCCUGACAUGGUCCUUCAAAAGGCUGCUGCGAAAUCAAGAGAAUUUGAAGCCAUAUAUGGCAAGAACAGGCAGGGAUCUGAGGUUCAAGUGUUCACUGAAAGUUGGAAUAAUGAGUUUGCGGUUUUUUCCCAAGAUUUAUUUAAUGUUUUAGCGAAUUCAAGUUGCCAGGAGUCUUGUGAGGACAAGAGUGUUAGGUUGUUAGUUGAACUUCAGCAGAAAGCAAGGUCAAUUGUGGAGCGAGGUUGAUGGGUAAACUGCAAUGCUGAUUUGCUUUGGUUUGUUUUUGAGAGCCUAAUUUUGUGCAAGUAAAGGCUCUUCCCUACAGCCUAGGCUGUUAAAAGUGAUAGGAAAAUUCUUUUUUUUUUUCAAUCGUGGAGCUCGGGUUUCAUGGUUCAAAACAUGCUGGGCAAGACCGAUUGCUGUCUUAUAUGUUUUUGUAAAGCAAAGGUGUUAGUUGUAAUUACUAAUUAGCUAUAUAUGCAACUAGAGCUUUGGUUACAGAAAAAUGUACAUGUAUAGACUAUUCAGUCACUGAUUUCUUGGCCCUUAGAGAGCCCACCUGUGCAUGAUCCAAUGAAAUUCUGGAUACGGAAUCUUCUAUGCUCUAUUA